UUGCUUUGCUGAUUUUUGAUGAUAAGGUAAUAAUCUAUCAAUUCUAUCAGUUUUAGAUUGGGAUACCGCAGCCAGCACUGCUGACGUUUGAAUUGCGAGCAUGUGCUUUCAAUCAACCUCUUAAUGUAUUAUCGAUAAGACAUUUAAGCGGAAAUUCAACUCGAAGGCUUCUCUGAACUAUUCUAACUUACGUAGCUACCUUAUCACCAGCACAAUUCACAUAUACCACAACUAUGAAGCCGCCGACACGAGUCGUGCUGCGGCUUGCAGCUCGCCAAUCGAGCUCUGUAUCCGGACACUGCUCCCUGCUGCUUGCCCCCCGCCUCAUUCACUCCACGCCUGUUUCACCUGCCACGGUAUCCCCCAUCCAUGGCACAGGACCGCCGCCCCAGCCCCCGCGCCCAGCAGCCGACAGCGCGAGCACACGCCUCGACCGUCGGAAGAAGCAUGCUGCGCUCCUAGAGCGAGCAGAAGAGAUACGGGGGUCAAACCGGCCAUCCGGAAACACACAAGCCAACCCGCUCGCACGCCGGCGGUUCUGGAAACACGUACAUGUGCGCGAGGUCGACGGGGCGUUGGAGGUUCAUCUCGACACGCGCCCGCUGCGCCGGCCGACAAAUAAAGAAAUCGUGCGCUUGCCAGCGUCAAAGCCGCUGCUCGCAGCUGCGGUGGCGCUGGAAUGGGACCAGCUCGUUUCGGCACAGCAGGCUACGAAGCAGCAUCUCAUACCGCUGACGAGCCUCGUGAAUCGCGCACUCGAUAUCGCCGAUGACGAUGCGGGCAAGGACAUAGGUGUGGAGAAAGGAGAGGGGGAGGCGGGAUCUACGAACGAGAGUCUACGUAGCGGCAUCGCGCGCAUGCUCAUGCGCUACCUUGACACAGAUUCGCUCCUCUGCUGGGCGCCGCCGCCGCGCCAUGGCCACGACGCUCCGGACGCUGCGGGGAAUACGCUCCGAGAACUCCAGAGACAGGCCGCUGAGGAGGUCGUGGCGUACUUGACGACGAACGUCUGGCCGGGCAUCGAGAUCGAGCCUGUGCUCGAUGAGGAGAGCAUCAUGCCACGCGGCCAGAAACCCGAGACGCGCCAGAUCAUCGAGGGCUGGAUCAUGGGGCUUGAUGCUUGGGAACUGGCCGGUUUGGAACGAGCCGUGCUUGCUGGUAAGGGGUUAUUAGGCGCGGCGCGGUUGCUGGCUGAGUGGAGCGAGGGCUUCGUUGGUGUUAAGGGGGCGAGGGGGGCGAAGAGACCAUAUGGCGUGGAGGAGGCGGCCAAGAUGGCGAGCAUUGAGGUGGAUUGGCAGAUCGGGAACUGGGGAGAGGUGGAAGAUACACACGAUGUCGAAAAAGAAGAUCUACGACGACAACUUGGGAGCGUGGUGCUACUUGUUAGUGGCACUGGAAAGCAAUGAAUGUAUAUGUCUGAUGAUUAUGGGAUAAUAGCUGAUGUAUGAGUACUGUAAAUGGACAUGAAACUACUGGAUAGAAGUGGCCCUGGUUACAUGUAUCAUAGGUAUGGUUUUUAAAAUGGAAUUAUAUCCUUUUAAGAUAGGCCAGCUCAUAUUAAGUAUGAAAGCUGAGUUACGAAC